AUGGCUUGUUGUGUCUUUACCGCAUACAUUAUGAGCCGCAUUAUUAAGGCGUGCGAGCUCUUCGACGUUCGUCUCCUGGAAAUUAAGUAUAACGAUUCUGACCUGGACUCUUAUUCCCCUCCCAGCUUCCAGCCAUACAUAAGCCCGGGCAGGCGGGGACCAGAAGCAGUAUCCGGCACUGACAACACCGUUCACGAAGGGAAAACAUCUCAGUUUGAGUCAUUACCGACCGUUCGCUUCUUGAUCACAGGAAUGACCUGCUCCGCUUGCGUAUCUGCCUUGAGCCACGCAUUAACAUCCGUCCCAGCUGUCAUCCGAACCAAUGUGUCUCUUCCGCUUUCACGAGCAACCGUAAUUUACAAUGCGACCACUACGUCAACAGAGGACUUAAUCUUGGCUAUUGAAAACGCGGGCUACGGCGCCGAGGUGCUUGGGCAACACAAUCGUGGCUCGGCCGCUCAGAAUCUCAAACUGGUCCGGAGAGAAGAAGAGCUCCAAGCUCUCAAGAAAGCUUUUAGUGGUGCAGCAAAAUGGGCUACAGCUAUUACGGUCGUCGAAUGGACGAGAAAGGUUGCUAUGACCACGCAUCUCAGGAGCAUGCUGGAUGCAAAUCUCCGUCUCCUGAUCCUUGCUAUUGGAUGUUACAUUCAACUUUCCCAUGCAAGCUGGAUCCAUCAUAACGCUUGGUCAGGCUGUUUCUCCCGACAACAGAUGCGGCUUCCGAGCCUGUCCAUGGACACUCUUUUGUCUCUGUCGCUCCUGCUGAGUAUAUUCCUCUCGUUCUUCAAUAUCGCUCUAUAUGGUCUCUCUGAUGUCCAUACGAGGACUUAUUUCUCGUCUGCGUCGUUUCUCGCAGUGGUCAUUAGUGGAGGACGAUAUCUUGACGUGACUCUGCGGAGACAGGGCGCAGCCGGACUUGCCCGUCUGUUUCGACUGCAGCACGAAGUGGAAAUGGAGACAGUGAUGGUGGAGGGACGAAUUCAGGACCGUGACCACAGUUCGGACGAUGAGGCAGAUGACAUCCUGACCCCGAUCCCCGCGACUCUACUUGCGCCGUUGGACACAUACCAUAUUCCUCCUCAAAGUCUCAUUCCGUGUGACAGCUACGUCGUGCGUGGCUCCUCUUUGGUCGACGAGGCGAGCAUGACUGGCGAGUCACUACCAUCCCGCAAAACUGUUGGCGCCUUUCUCAUGUCUGGAACUCGCAAUCUGUCUGCGAGCCUUGUUGCUAUCGUCCUGAAAGACCAAGCCCAAUCAAGUCUAGAGAGACUGGUUGAAAGCGUGGAAGCUGCAACAGAAAUGAAAUACGAUCCCGCUCAGAAAGAUGGCAACGCCAUGGAGGAUGUUAUCACGAAGGAUUUCGUCGUAGUCAUUCUUGUGCUGACAUUAAUCGGGUUCAUAUCCAAAUUUGUUAUCUCAGCAGACUCGAUACCGAUCACUGAUCGACUGAACAUGGCAUCUGAACGGGCAAUGGCUAUUUUGGCAUCAGCUUGUCCAUGUGCCAUUGGAUUAGCGACCCCUUCAGCUGUCAUGGCUGGUGUCGACGCGGCAUACGCUUGCGGCAUUCUUCUCCCAGGCGGCGUAGAUGCUUUCAAAAAGCUAUCUCGCCUCACGCAUGUGGUAAUGGACAAGACAGGAACUUUAACAGAGGGUAAACUGCAGAUCGCAGAUGAGUCCUUCAACGAGCCAUUCAGAGCAGAUUCGAGUAAGAGGGAAUUAUGCUAUAGCCUCCUGAGCGCUGCGGAGAGAGGUGUUUCACAAACACACCCAGUUGCCAGGGCAGUGUUUCAGUGGUGUGUCAAACAGCUUAUUGCAACGUCACGGCCAAAGGAAAGUCGAGGACUCAUGACCGAGCCAGGUGCUGCACCUGUCAGGAACGUCUCAAGUGUUACAGGGAAGGGCGUGUAUGCAGAAGCUCAGGGGGAUGCUCAGGUAUGGCACGCUGUGCAUAUUGGCAGCGAACGUUUUCUAUCCGAGAAUGGCAUUUCCAUCGCGCCAACCACCACAGCCCUGUUGGGGAAGAUCCAAGGGACGACUGAGGUCCAUUUUGCGAUUGAUGGCAAGUAUACAGGCUCGUUCACGCUGCAAGAUACAAUCCGUCGAGGCGCCUCUAGCGUGAUCGAAUCAUUGAAGUCGCUUGGGCUCAGAAUGACCAUGCUGACAGGCGACUCUGAGACUGAAGCACACCGAGUCUCAUCACAGCUGCAAAUUCCGGUUCUUGCGGCCAAAUCUCUUCCUCACGAGAAGAAGGCCUUGGUCAUCUCGUUGCAGUCACAGCACUCCGCGCCGUCUGUUUCGCCGGAAAGCAUCCUGCGGCGGCUGUCCCCCGUGAAGAGAGGCGACAGGAAUGUUGUGGCGAUGCUGGGAGACGGCCUGAACGAUGCACCCGCCCAAGCUGCUGCGGAUGUUGGCAUUCUAUUCUCGCUGUCGCCUCUGUCCGGCUCGGCAUCUUCGCGAGCACUGGGGUCAUGCGCUGCCGAUGCGAUCAUCAUGACACCUGAUCUCGCAGCCCUGCCGAAGCUGAUUAAAAUUGCCACCAAAACCAUGGCUCAAGCAAGGUGGAAUAUGUAUUGGGCGGUCCUCUACAAUGCCUUUGCCAUUGCAUUGGCGAUGGGCGCUAGCGAGCUAAUGGGGUUCAAGACUGUUGAUGCAUCGACUGCUGGCACAAUGAUGGCAUUUUCGAGCAUCACUGUGUUGGGCAUGAGCUUGGAUCUGCGCCGACGAUUGGACUGA